AUGCCGCUGAAAGCCGUGUGCGUUCUUACCGGAGAUGUGAAGGGAACGAUCUUCUUCGAACAGAGUGUGGAGUCUGAUCCGGUCAAAGUGACCGGUUCGGUAACUGGUCUGAAGGCUGGAGAUCAUGGAUUCCACAUUCAUGAGUUCGGCGACAACACCAACGGUUGCAUGUCCACGGGGGCUCACUUCAAUCCGCACGGCAAAACACACGGAGCACCGGACGCCGAAGAGCGUCAUGCUGGUGACAUGGGAAACAUUGUUGCAGAUGGUACUGGUGAGGCAAAGGUUGAUUUGACGGUGAGCCAAAUCGCCCUGAGCGGGCCUAUGAACGUGGUGGGUCGUUCAUUGGUAGUUCAUGCUGAUCCGGACGAUUUGGGCCUGGGAGGACAUGAAUUGAGUAAAUCCACUGGCAAUGCCGGUGCUCGGUUGGCUUGUGGUGUGAUUGGAUUGUGCAAAAUUUAA